AUGGAUCUUUUAGAAAUUCAAGAAGAAAUAAAGUCUCAAAUUGACAAACUAAGAAUAAAUUUCAAAAAAUGUGCAAAGGAUAGAUUAACUCGUCAAUACAUUGAGACAAGAUUGCAAGCAUUAGAAACAAAAUAUAAAGAAUUCACCAAAAAUCAUGUGGAAUUGAUUAAGAAAAGAAGCUCUUUGAGUACCGACUACUUUAGCGAAGACGUUUUUGGGUCUGUUGAGGAGUUUUAUUUAGAAUUCAAGACUGAGUUGAAAGAAAGGUUGGAUAGUUCUGUAAUGAAACAACAAAGAGAUACAUCUUUAAACGUCACUGGAAAUUUCAAUAGUGCAGUCAAAUUGCCCAAAAUAACGAUACCAGCAUUCUCCGGAUUGUACACUGAGUGGUUGAGUUUUCGCGAUCUCUUCAAGUCACUUAUACAUGGCAAUGAGGCACUUGAUAAUGUCCAAAAGCUUCACUAUUUAAAGGGACACCUAACUGGCGAAGCGGAACAACUCGUACGUCACAUACCCAUCACAAACGACACGUACAUUCAAUGUUGGACUCUUUUGGAAAGCCGAUACAACAACAAACAAUAUUUAGCUAAUUCCAUACUCAAGCGAUUCUUUUCGCAUAAAAAUGUUACGUCUGAAUCCAGUACUUCGAUUAAACUGUUAUUAGAUGGUACUAAUGAUAUGUUAAAUGGUUUGUCAAAUUUAGAGAUUGAUACUAGUUCAUGGGACAUUAUUGUGAUUUACAUCGUUAGUCAAAAACUGGAUUCAGAAAGUCGCAAGCUAUGGGAAAUUAGAGUUAGCGAGUGUUCCAAUAAGCUGCCUACGAUUAAUAAUUUUACGGAAUUUUUGGAACAUCGGUUCCGCUCACUUGAAUUUUUGGAUACUAAAGCGACUAAGCAAACUAUUGCACGCAGUUAUGUUUGUCAAGAUUCUGUUAAAGUCACUGAAUCUUGUAAAUAUUGUGAUGAAUUUCACAAGAUUUACAAUUGCAAGAAGUUUAGUCAACUAAGUGUUGACGCGCGUCGUGAGUUUGUCCGGUCCAACUCAUUGUGCUUCAACUGUUUGUCUAAUUUCCAUUCCGCUUUUUCUUGUCGACUGUCCGCUAGGUGCCGCCUGUGUCACAAAAAACACCACUCUCUACUGCACCCACUAAACCCCAAUCCACAAUCAUCUGAUCAAGGAACUCAAUCCGAUGAUCAAGUAGUGGAUAGUAUGGCUGCUACACUAAGCACAUCUCCACAGAGUGAGGCGACUAACGUAGUCUCAUGUUUUUCAAACAUUCGAGGUCAAGCUUUGUUGGCCACAGCUAUGAUAAAGGCUGAGUCUAAGGCUGGUUCUACUAUAGUUUUAAGAGCCUUGUUGGAUCAAGGCUCUCAGGCUUCAUUUAUCACGGAGUCUGCUGUCCAGUUAUUAGGCCUUAAGAAAAUGCCAAUCAAAGUAGACAUAUCCAGGCUAGGUGAUGAGGGCAGUAUGCCCUGUAAGUCAAUGGUAUCGAUAAAGAUUCAAUCACGCCUAGAUUCCUCGUUUGUCAUCGAAAUCCAAGCGUAUGUAUUAAAGAAACUUACAUCAUUUUUACCUGAGAAAAACAUUGUCAAAUUAAUUUCAACACUUCCUGCGCUUGAGUUGGCUGAUCCAUUUUUUGGUACACCCAAUAAAAUUGAUAUGGUAUUAAGUGUAGGAGUAUACUCCAAGAUACUAUUAGAAGGUUUAAUCAAAGGUCCGCCCGGGACUCCUAUUGCUCAAAAGACGCGGCUAGGCUGGAUUUUAUCAGGUGACAUUUACGACCCAAAUAGUCGUAAUUCUGAAUUGUAUAACAAUGUUAUUGUUAGUAUGCAUGUUCAAUCAUGUGAGAACGAUAUUCUGAAAAAAUUUUGGGAAAUAGAAGAGUGUAAAUCAGUUAGCAAAAAAUUGCUUACAGAAGAAGAAGAAAAUUGCGAAAAGUUGUUUUCUGAAACCACGAAAAGAGACAACUCCGGACGAUAUAUCAUCAAAUUACCUUUUCGACAGAAUGAUCCACCCUGCAAAUACGGUGAUUCCAGGCAUAUUGCACGUAAAAGAUAUUUUUUGUUAGAAAAAAAACUGUUAAGAAACCCAGAUCUUAAAGUACAAUAUGCUGCCGUAAUAAAGGAAUACUUCGAUUUAAAUCAUAUGGAGGUAGUUCCACGUGCAGAAAGAGAUAAACCAAAUGUCGUGUAUUUGCCUCACCAUGCAGUCAUACGAAAUGACAAAAGCACGACAAAGGUACGUCCAGUUUUCGACGCUUCUUGUCAAGGGAUUAAUGGCGUGUCGCUUAACAAUGAUUUAAUGAUUGGACCCACGCUACAACCAGAGUUACGACAAAUCAUUAUGCGUUGGCGUUGCCAUCCGAUAUGUUUGAUCGCCGAUAUCAUUAAAAUGUACAGACAGGUCAAAGUUUUUGAAGAACAUGUUGAUUUUCAGCGUCUUUACUGGCGUGACAGCCCAGACUCUGAUCUACAACAUUUCAGGUUAUUGCGUGUUACUUUUGGCACAUCAGCAGCACCUUACCUUGCUGUAAGAUGCCUACAGCAACUUGCAUAUGAUGAAGGAAAUGAUUUUCCAUAUGCUUCAAACCGCGUCCUUUCUGAUUUUUACGUUGAUGAUCUUAUCACCGGUUGUGAAACAGAGGAGGAAGGACGGCAAAUUUAUAAGGAAAUGAAUGAAUUGCUCAGUCGGGGUGGGUUUCAACUUCAAAAAUGGUCUACUAAUAGCACAGACUUGAUGAAAGAAAUAGAAACUGACAAUGAAGGCAAAGAUAAGUUAGAGAUAAAAGUAGACACAGUCGUGAAAAUUUUAGGAAUAACCUGGAAUAGAGAAAGGGAUGAAUUCCAAUAUACAGUCCAACUGCCUCCAUUGACAACACCUGUCACAAAGCGAAGAGUAAUUUCAGAUAUUGCCCGGCUUUACGAUCCUCUUGGAUGGAUUUCACCUGUAAUAAUAACAGCCAAGGUGUUUAUACAAAAACUCUGGCUGUCCGGCAUCGGUUGGGACCAUGAGUUGCCAAAUUUGUUAUUACAGGAAUGGAUCGAAUAUCGUGCAAAUCUCAAAAAUCUCAUAGAGUUUAGAAUUCCCAGAUGGAUCCAAACGGACAGUAAAGCCAUCCUUCGUGAGCUUCAAGGAUUUUGUGAUGCGUCUAAUGCUGCAUAUGCAGCUGUCAUUUAUUUAAGAGUCAUUGAUAGCCAAAUGAAUGUGCACGUUCACCUCAUCACUUCCAAGACUAAGGUAUCUCCAAUAAAACAGGUUUCAAUACCUCGUUUAGAACUUUGUGGCGCGGUUCUUUUAGCGAAACUUCUUAAUGAAGUUUCGAAUUCAAUGGAAAUAUCAAAGGAAAAUGUCCAUGCUUGGACAGAUUCUUCAGUUGUCUUGGCAUGGUUGAGAAGUCAUCCCAGUAAAUGGAAGACAUUUGUCGGUAAUCGUGUUUCGGAAAUACUUACCAUUAUGGAAAGCAACCAGUGGUCUCACGUGGUCUCGAAAGAUAAUCCUGCAGACUGUGCUUCCAGGGGCAUAAGUGCCGAAGACUGCUGCAAAAGUAAACUGUGGAAAUAUGGACCAAAGUGGUUAGAAAAUAAGACCAUAAAUUACAGCAAAGGAACAAUGGAACAAACAAAUUUAGAAGAGAAAACAAAAACCGUUAUUUGUAAUGUGACUGCAGAAAAUAGAGACGAGACUAUAAUUUCUAGAUUCUCAUCUUUGAGAAAACUAGUAAGAGUAAUAGCAUAUUGUAGAAGAUUCAUACUCUAUAAAAAAUCAAAUAAUAAAGAAAAAUGGCUUACCUUUACCGAAAUCAACAACGCUCUGCAUACCUGUAUAAAGAUGUGUCAACAUGAACAUUUUAAUAAUGAAAUAGAAAGUUUAAAGGAAGAGGGCAGGGUUAAAAGAAAAAGUAUUCUACUUUGCUUGAAUCCUUACUUAGAUGCUGGUGAAGUCCUGCGAGUUGGUGGUCGGUUGCAAAUGGCUAGAAUCCACGAUAAGAUGAAGCAUCCUGUAAUAAUACCACAUAAGUCUCAUUUUACUGACCUGUUGGUGGCUGAUGCACACGAACGCACACUACACGGUGGACCACAAUCAAUGCUCAAUUAUUUAGGAACUAAAUAUUGGGUUAUUAAUGCUAGAGGACUUGUUAGACAGCAUUUCCGAAAGUGUGUGACUUGCGUUCGCUAUUCUGCUCAAGCAAAUCAACAACUGAUGGGUCAAUUACCAACGGCCAGGGUUACGGCAAGUCGCCCCUUUUGUCAAAGUGGGGUUGACUAUGCCGGGCCAAUCGCAGUCAGGCCCCAUAAGGGUCGAGGGUAUCAUGCCACAAAGGGCUAUAUUUGUUUAUUCAUAUGUAUGGCUACUCGAGCUGUACAUUUGGAAAUGGUCAGUGAUAUGACAUCGCAGGCCUUCAUAGCUGCUUUCAAGCGCUUCACCGGAAGGAGAGGUCAUUGUCUUGAUUUGUGGAGCGAUAAUGGUACUACAUUCGUCGGGGCCAAUAAAGAGUUAAAAUCCUUAUUUGCUAAAGGGAGGGCAGGAUUUCCUGCUGACAUUAUGGACUGGUUAGCUACUAAUGGCACUAACUGGCACUUCAUUCCGCCACAUUCUCCGAACUUUGGAGGGUUGUGGGAGGCAGGAAUAAAGUCUACCAAGACACAUCUGAAUCGAGUAAUAGGCAAUCACACACUUACGUUUGAAGAAAUGGUUACAGUUCUUACUCAAAUUGAGGCCUGUCUGAACUCUCGGCCCAUUGGUCACGUUAGCAGUAAUUCGGAGGAUCCUUACCCAUUAACUCCCGGUCAUUUUUUGAUUGGGGAACCAGUUAUUUUAGUGCCAGAAAAUAAUUAUGAAGGUUCCAAUAUAACAACUUUACAAAGAUGGCAUCUCGCGCAGAAAUUGGUUCAAGACUUUUGGCGAAGAUGGUCAGCCGAGUAUUUGACAAAAUUUUAUCAUAGACACAAGUGGUCAUAUCAAACAGCGGAACCAAGGGUAGGCGACGUGGUGUUGGUGAAAGAGGAUAAUCUUCCACCAGCGCGAUGGCUAUACGGCAUCAUCACCCAAAAGCACACUGGUCCGGACGGUCUCACUAGAGUUGUUUCACUAAAAUGUAAGAAAACCAUUAUAAAACGAUCAACAUCGAAACUAAUUAUUUUACCUGUUAGGACCUUCUGA